AUGCCGGAGCAGGUGGACUACGUGGAGGGGUUCAUGGUUCUGGAUGAGCACUCCAUCCGCAGCUCAUCCGUUGCCUUCCCCGCCAGCAUCGAUUUCAGCCCAGACUUCGGCUCCGAGGGCAGGAAGAAGGUCUACUACUGCAUAGAGUUUGCAGUGCAUGACUUCCAGCAGGACGGCUCCAGCUCCAGUGUCGACAAUGUUGUGGAGCUGGUGGCAGGGGAGAUGAGCCACAUGAGGCCCCACAUGUACAGCGUGGAGGUGUCCUACUUCGACUUCCUGAACAGGGUGAGGAUGGAGGAGGAGAGCCUGAGGAGCCAGGGGCUCUGGGACGUGGCUCACCCCUGGCUCAACAUGUUCGUGCCCAAGCAUGGCGUCGCUCAGCUCAAGGACCUGCUCAUGGACACCGUCUUGGCGGGAGACUUCCAGGGGGCCAUCCUUGUCUACCCUCUCCUCACUGACAAGUGGGACGGGAACACGUCGGCGGUCAUCCCGUCGGCGCCGGGCGGGGUGAUGUACAUCUUCAGCGUGCUCCGGUCGGCCGACCCGUCGCGGUGCGGCCGCGGCUGCGUCGAGGAGAUCCUGGAGCAGCACCGCCGGGUGGCCGACGAGGCGUGCCGGGCCGGCGGCGGCAUCGGCGCCAAGCAGUACCUUGCCCGGCAGCCCACGCAGGCGCAUUGGCGCAGCCAUUUCGGGCCCACCUGGGACCGCUUCCUGGCCCGCAAGGCCCGCUACGACCCAGUGCGUGUGCUUGGGCCGGGCCAAGGCAUUUUUCCUUGGACGGAUUCCGCGAGCUCCAUGUGA